CCCUGCAUGUGUGUUGUCUAUCGUUGGCUAUGCUAGGGACAUAUUAAGAGGUUGUGAGCGUUGUGAGAGUUGUGUUAAUGUACAUUUCUGUUUUCCAGAUUGUUAAUUUUAUUCACACAACCUGAUAUUUAACUGUGAAUUUGUAAAAAGUUGAGGACAGUGUAACGAGAAAUGGCACUUGCAGCAACACGUGACAGAAGGAGUAAUGCUGGAAACAGAAUGUCCAAACUUCUUGAUGAAGAAGAAGAUGAUGACUUCUAUAAAACAACCUAUGGAGGCUUCACUGAAAUUGAGAAUGAUGAUGAUUAUCAGUCUGAAGAGGAAGGAGAAGACGAGGUAGAUUCAGACUUCAGUAUUGAGGAGAAUGAUGAACCAGUAUCAGAUCAAGAUGAUGAUGAGCCAAAGAAGAAGCGCAGACUUGUUACAAAGGCAUACAAAGAACCAGUAGUCGUACUACAGAAGAUAGAAAAGCCUGUUGAAGUUAAACGAAGGAAACCUCGAAAGAAAAGUAUAUCAGCAGAUAAUUUUGAACGCAAAUCUAUCAGGCGGUCAACUGCAGCCAAAUCAGCUGCCACUCUGCAGCGUUUAAAGGAACGUACUGAAGAAGGACGCAGACGCAAAGGUCGGAGGGCAAGAGCUCAGGAUGAAUGGCGACCCACUCAAGAAGAACUGUUGGAAGAAGCGAAAAUUACUGAACAAGAAAACCUUAAAUCUCUAGAAAAGUACCAGAAAUUGGAGAUGGAAAAGAAAAAGACAAGGACAGUGAAGAAAGCAUUCCAGGGUCCAAUUAUCCGCUAUCAUUCAAUGUGUAUGCCCCUAAUUGAGGUAAUACAUCAGGAACAGCACGAAAGCCCAAUUACAGUGGAUGAAGGAGAUGACGAUCGGGAGAAACAGGGACCUACAGAUGUCACAGAGGAGACUACUGAAAACAGUAAUGAAAGAAAAAGCGAGGUGGAAAUUGGAGAAGUUACCAAGAAAGAAGAGAAGAACAGAGAAGUGGGGAGUACUAUAAACGAUAGUCGUUGUGAAAGAACUUUUAUCACAUUCCUUGAUGAUCAGGUGUUUUGGAAUGUGUUCCCACAGACUCAGGCAAAACCUCCAACAAGAAGUAUCUGUCCCAUUACAAGACUACAGGCUCGAUACUUUGACCCAGUUACACAACUACCCUAUAGCAAUUUGCAAGCAUUCCGUAUCCUUCGUGAGGCAUAUUAUCAACAGCUAGAGGGACGUGGAGAUCGAAAUAAUCCUGAUGUUGCCCGCUGGAUUGAAUGGAGACAAAAAAUGAAGGAACUCAAGUCUGCCAUUGUGCAGCAAAUCAGUAAGAGCAUACAUCUUGAACCUGCAACUCUCCCAGUUACAUCACAAUGAUUCUGUAAGAAAGUAGAAAAUAAUGUACUUGGAAUAUGAUAUACUGUAUAAUAAUAAAUUGUAUAUUAUAAUUCUGAAUUUUUGUUAUAGUAGAUGUAAUUUUUUUCAUAUGCAAAUAAUGUUUAAGGUUUUCUUACUGUUUCAACCAGUAUUUAAGUGAAUUUGAUAAAAUUAAGGUAUGCCUUAACCAUGAAAAGGAAAGCUUAAAAUAAAUGUUUCAUUAAAAUA